ACACAAUACACACAAACUCGUACAUGCACACGCUCACAUUCCUCCGCAGGCUCUACAAGGGGCAGGCUCAGAGUGUGCUGGAAGCUUGGAACUGUUCUUCAGUGAGAGUAUCUCUGCACUCACUGCAGUUGUUAAAGAGAGCAGACGGGGGUGGGAAAGCAGGAAGGUAACCAGGGGAGGUCUAACCGCACCAUCCCAGAUUACCCGGCACCUAUUUUAAAAGCGUUGAGUGACUGAUGCGCCGUUCGCUGCUGACUUGGAAGAAGAUCAAGAGAACCAAGUUGUCACCCCUGCAUGAGAUGUGUCAAACUUUUCCCGGCCCGCGGCGAAACUUAAAAGUUACAUAAGGACAGGAUUUCAAGGACAACGGUGGCUUUCAAUGGUGGCCCACCAAUGUCAAGAUGGACUGCAGAUAUUUGAGCUCCGCAAUGUACUUCACAGCCUCUUGAUGCGCAUCCGACGAAAACGUCCAGCCAAAACGCCGACUAAACAAAAAGAAGAGAAAGGACUCCCAUUGCCGGCACCGCUGAUAUGAUGCUGUGCUACACGUUUGUGUAUCACUUGCUGUCUUUGGCAGCCGUUGCGGUGAUCGCGAGCUGCGGAGGAGGCGAGCAGAGGAGAGGCGCCGACAACACCGGCGGCGGCGGCGGCGGCAACAACGGAGGAGGUGGCGGCAGAAGAUUCCAUAAGAUCCAGCACGGCCAGUGCACCUACACCUUCAUCCUACCUGAAGGGGCGUCAGCCGGGGAGGGUUCCUGCAGGGAGGCGAAAGGCUCAAGCCCGCAGUAUAACGCCAACUCUCUGCAGCGAGACGCGCCACCACCUGAUCCGGACUUUCCAAAACAGAAGAUCCAGCAGCUUGAACACAUUAUGGAGAAUUACACCCAGUGGCUACAAAAGAUUGAGAAUUACAUCAAAGAAAGCAUGAAAACAGAGAUGGCACAACUGCAGCAGAGCGCUGUACACAACCACACAGCAGCCAUGUUGGAAAUGGGCACCAACCUUCUCUCUAAAACUGCGGAACAAACCCGGAAGCUGACUGAUGUUGAGACACAGGUUUUGAAUCAAACAUCCAGACUUGAGAUCCAGCUGCUGGAAAAUUCUCUUUCUACAAACAAGUUGGAGAAGCAAUUAAUGGUCCAGACCAAUGAGAUCAACAAGCUCCAUGACAAAAACAGCCUCUUGGAGGAGAAGAUGUUAGCGAUGGAGAUGAGGCACCACGAAGAAUUGGAGACUCUGAAGCAGGAGAAAGGAAGUCUCCAGGUUCUUGUCGGGAGGCAGAGUGGGGUUAUCAAGGAACUCGAAGCCCAGUUGAGCCAGGCCACGGGAAACAGCACUGCCCUGCAAAGGCAGCAGCAGGAAAUGAUGGACACCGUCCACAACCUGCUCAAUCUUUGCUCUAAAGAUGGCGUCCCAAAAGUACCGGAUGAAGAAAAGAAGUUCCGCGAUUGUGCUGACCUUUACCAGGCUGGCUUUCAUAAGAAUGGCGUCUACAACAUCCAGAUCAACUCGCAAGAGAACAAAAGGGUCUAUUGCAACAUGGAAACAGCUGGCGGUGGAUGGACGAUCAUCCAGCGCAGAGAAGACGGCAGUAUGGAUUUCCAGAGAACAUGGAAGGAAUACAAAAUGGGUUUUGGAAGCACGUCUGCGGAACACUGGUUGGGGAACGAGUACGUUUACCAGUUGACCAGCCAAAGGCAGUACGUUCUCCGCGUUGAACUGACAGACUGGGAGGGACACCAAGCGUUCUCACUGUACGAUCGCUUUCAAAUUGGCAGCGAGAAACAGAACUACAGGCUGUUCUUGAAAAGUCACAGCGGGACGGCCGGCAGACAGAGCAGUCUGGUGAUCCACGGAGCAGACUUCAGCACCAAGGACAUGGACAAUGACAACUGCAUGUGCAAGUGCGCCCUCAUGUUCACCGGCGGUUGGUGGUUUGAUGCUUGCGGCCCAUCCAACCUGAACGGCAUGUACUUUGUGCAAGGACAGCACGUGGGGAAGGUAAACGGUAUCAAGUGGCACUACUUUAAGGGCCCCAGCUAUUCACUACGAGCCACGGCCAUGAUGAUCCGCCCGCUGGAAUUCUUCUAGUCGUCCAACCUCCGAAUGGCUAUUUAGCACAUUUAGCGGGACACUUCCAGUUACCGGUAUGUCCUCAUCUCAUUUCACCUGCCGUGCUUCAUAAACUUUUCCUCCACAAUGAACUAAGUUAACAGCCACGAGGAAGAAAAACAGAAGCAGGCCCAAUUUAUGCUCCUGACCAGAUUAAACACACAUGUAAUUAUUUAAGGACACUAUAAUUCAAGUGUAUCCAUCCCACACUGGGAACGUGGCCGUGGUUUUCGAAACGCCGAAAAGAAGGAUUUUUCUUGCGAUUUGUAAGAACGGUGGACGUUCUGAACAGGACGCAGCAGCGAUGGAUGGCAGAGCAGAAAAUACUCACCAACUGCAGGACAGAACUGAUGGGUCUUUUUUUUUUUUUUGCUCUGAGGACACCACUCACAUAAUUUUGUACUCAAUUGUUGCUCACACUAAAGUGCCUUCAUUGUCGUCGUCAUUGCGUUUUUAGAAGUAUUCAUCUCGUAUGACAACUGUAUACAAAUAGCCAUCAUCAUGUGAAUGUCCAAUGCAGUGACGCAUAUUCUGAAUCCAUACGAAGCAGAAGCGCGCUCAGUUUUAAGGUGACCUUUAUUUUAUGAAAUGAUGAUAUUCAAUGGCGAGGCAUUGCCGAUUGUUUGUAGACUUGAUGUGUUGUGGAGGAAAACAUAAAGAAUGCAAAAAAUAUAUAUAAUUCUAAGGGCUUAUAUUAAGCUGGUUGCCAUGUUUGUGAAAUGAAUAGUCCGGUGGUGGUCAUUAGAUUUGUUCUCUCUCAUCAUAACGUCAAUGAAGAAAAAGCUAACUUUAAAAAAAAUUUUAUUCUGAGUUUCUGUUUCACAUUACUGCUGCUUGGGGUCGGAUAUGAGGCAUGUAAAUUUGUCGCCCCGGCAAAUUAUUCACAUGAACGGACAUUUCGUCACGUUUACCUUACGACAGGCGAAUAUGUCAGCGUUCGUGGAAAAGGAGCAUGUCGGAAGAGACAAAUGCGCAUUUGGGGUGUCUGGAACUUGUAAAGCUACCACUGACAUGUUCGAAUAACAUUUGGAUCAUUGAAUGUGUUUGUACCGGUAUAUAAAUCAGCUUUCCAGAGGAAAGUUUUUUUUUCUUUCUUCUUCUCAGUCAGAUUAACAAAAUGAAGAUAACACAAAAAGUGUGUCACUGAUAACUGUGCUUUUACCUCAUUAAACUGUAGAUUUGCUGAUUUAUUUAAACAUUUUUUAAUAACGUGGUCAGUGUUGUGUUGCUACCAAAUAAAAUGGGAGGCACUAAGAUUAGAA